AUUUUAUGUUUACUGCUCACUCGUGUCUAUAUUGUCAUUAUAAUCUAUCAUGUGAUACUCCACAAAAAGAUUUUAAUACACAAGACUGUUUAUGUGAAUAUAAUCAUAAAAGAUGUAGGGAAGGAACAUGUGAAACAUACUAUGACUAUUCACGUUGUCUGAUAAUCCAAUACCCAGUAUGUGAUUCUAAACGUACUACACAAACUGAUAAAAAUUGUAACUAUAAAGAAAAUCAUGAAAGGUGUAAAGAUGAAACUUCUGGAUUUGAGAAGGGAAGUGAAUUUGAAAAACUUCAUUUACAAGAGUACAUUCAAUUUAACACUAGAGUUACUAGAAAAUAUGUAAAGCAACAUUUUGGAAACAAUUUACAUAUCAUCAUGCCAACUUUUAACCUGCAGAGAAAGCAGAAUUUAGAUAGACCAUAUAAAACUAAUCCUGAAGAUGUAUAUGAUAAGUGUCUUCCAACAAAAGAAACCUGUAUACAAAGAUCAAGGAAACAAGCACGAGAUAGAUCUGAAGAAGAAAUAGCUGAUGAUAUAUUAGUCAUCUCUAACAAUGAUGACUAUUUAGACCAGGAUAUGACAUCACAUGAUCCUGACAAUAUUUACGAUUUUACCACAACAAAUAAAAUGAAUAAACAGGUAUUCAAUGGUAGAAAAUAUGCACAACUCCUUCUUGGGAAAGAUAGAAUACUCAUCAAUCAAAAGUAUUUCUUAGAGCGUUCUGUACCAAUCAUUGUGCUCUGUACCGAAAACACGUGUCCUUUUAUUUAUAAUUGUAAUACCGAAGAUGAUGAUUUUCUAAGGAGAUUCUUUGAAAAUGCACUU